CGUCAGUCCGUCCCCAGGUCUGUGUGUUUCCUGGAGUGGCAGAAAGAGAUCAGUGCUAACCUGCCCAGCAGGAAUAACGGUCUUGCCUUCCUGCGACUCUAACCUAACAUUUCAGUCCUGUAAUUUGGUACCAGGAGCUGCUGUUGCAUAUCAUUCAGCUCUGGCAGCCUUCAUGCAAUUUGGUCGGAACCUAUAUCACCAAAAACUCUCUAAACAGAACGAGGACAGCGCAGUUGUGAACUAUGAUAACGUAGUGGACACUGGUUCAGAAACUGACGAAGAUGACAAGCUUCAUAUUGCAGAAGAAGAUGCUAUUAUGAACAUGUUGGAUAGGGAUUCCAGCCCAGUGACUGUCCAUAACCGCGAGUCUUCCCUAUGUAUGAACCAAGCACUGCUGCAAAGACAGAUUGAGGAUGACAGCUUGAGGGAAAGCCGAGUGCAUCAUGUAUGGACUAACAAUGGUAUCUUGCAAGCCUCUUUAGAUGGUCCUGAUGAAAUGAAGGAAGUGUAUGACACCAUGGGGCCUGAAGCCACACUUCAGACCACAGGCAGCAAUGGAACAGGUGGAAGUAAGGCAUCUCUUGGCAUUCAUCCGAGAAGAAGAGAGUUUUCCCAGCAUCAUGGACAGCAUUCCCCCAUCAGAUUUGCGUCAGAGAAUGGGAUAACAUCUGGGAGAGACUGUUCUUCUGUUAAGAAUGCUGAAUGUAUGUCAGACUUUGAGGAGUAUUUUGCCAAGCGAAAACUGGUCAAUGUUGAAAGCCAUCAUGGGGUCUGUAUUACAGACUACCUUCAGCGCAGUGACACAGCCAUCAUUUACCCUGAAGCUCCAGAAGAGCUAUCCCGCUUAGGAACACCAGAGGCUAAUGGGCAGGAAGAGAAUGACCUUCCACCUGAAACUCCAGAUGCUUUUGCCCAACUGCUGACCUGCCCUUACUGCGACAGGGGCUAUAAGCGCUUGACAUCACUGAAGGAACACAUUAAGUAUCGCCAUGAGAAGAAUGAAGAGAACUUUUCCUGCCCCCUUUGUAGCUACUCAUUUGCCUACCGCACCCAGCUUGAACGGCAUAUGGUGACGCACAAGCCAGGAAGAGAUCAGCACCAAUUGCUGACCCAAGGAGCAGGUAAUCGUAAGUUCAAAUGUACAGAGUGUGGCAAGGCAUUCAAAUACAAACACCAUCUGAAAGAACACCUGCGAAUUCACAGUGGUGAAAAACCAUAUGAGUGUCCAAACUGCAAGAAGCGCUUUUCCCAUUCCGGUUCCUAUAGUUCGCACAUCAGCAGCAAGAAAUGUAUUGGCCUGAUUUCGAUGAAUGGCAGAGUAAGAAAUAACAUUAAGACGGGUUCUUCUCCAACUUCAGCGUCUUCCUCUCCAACCAACUCAGCAAUUACACAACUGAGGCAGAAGCUGGAAAAUGGAAAACCACUUACCAUCCCAGAGCAGACCGGCCUGCUCAAAAUUAAAACAGAACCACUGGACUAUGACUAUAAAGUCAUGAGUAUGAUGGCACAACACGGGUUCAGUGCACCUGGUCCUUUUUUGAAUGGUGGUAUUGGUGCUACCAGCCCACUAGGAGUUCAUUCAGCUCAGAGUCCACUACAGCACUUAGGAGUAGGACUAGAAGCACAAUUGUUAGGUUUUCCUGCUAUGAGUAGCAAUUUAGCUGAGGUACAGAAGGUUCUUCAAAUUGUGGACAACACAGUAUCCAGGCAGAAAAUGGACUGCAAGUCUGACGAAAUUUUAAAGCUAAAAGGUUUCCAUAUGAAAGAUCAUGGGUCUCACAUAGAGGAAAAGUCUGUUUCACCCCCUGGUAUUCCACCAGUUGGUCUUCCGCUUGUAAAUCAUAAUGGUGCCACUAAAAGUAUUAUUGACUAUACACUAGAAAAAGUCAACGAAGCCAAAGCUUGCCUCCAAAGCUUGACAACAGACUCAAGGAGACACUUGGCCAAUAUUAAAAAAGAAAAACUGUUUCAUGUUUUAGAUUUAGGUAAUGAGGAUAAGAGGAUGGAGUGUAACAUAUCGUCUCCAUACUCAUGUCAGUUCUGUAAGGAAGUGUUUCCUGGCCCCAUUCCCUUGCAUCAACAUGAACGCUACCUGUGUAAAAUGAAUGAAGAAAUUAAAGCAGUUCUUCAACCCAACGAAAAUAUGCUUCCAAACAAGCAUGGAAUGUUUGGGGAGAAACACUCACUCCUUCUUUCAUCUGUUCUUUCUGAAAAAGGUGCAACAAGCCCCAUCCACCCAUACAAGGACCACAUGUCAGUGCUUAAAGCAUAUUAUGCUAUGAAUAUGGAACCCAACUCUGAAGAACUACUGAAAAUUUCCAUUGCAGUUGGUCUCCCUCAGGAAUUUGUGAAGGACUGGUUUGAGCAGAGGAAAUAUUACCCAUAUACACAUUCUAGAUCACCGCCUCUAGAAAGGACCAGUUCUGAGGUGGUUCUGGCUGCCAACAAUACACCUCCUAAAGACUCAUUUUCAGCCAGAUCUCCUGUAAAGCCUGUGGAC